GCUCAGCUACUCAACAUUUAGAUUUUCCCUUAACCACAAUCAAUCAAAAAUAAGCCAGGUUGAACUACGUAUGUCUGACAAUAACGUAAAUUAUCAACGCCUGGAAAUGAUAGGUUGACAUUAUCACAAAAAUAUCAUAGGGUUUAGGCCGAACUAGUACACAAAUUAAAUAUGCUGUUAUAUAAAUGUACCGUUCUGCCGUUAGAAAUUAAUCACAGAACAGACCAGGAGGAAUAAGGGAUAUACCAAAACAUAAUACCCACUAGACCCGGUAAAUACUGAAAUAUUUGAAUGAAAAGUAUAUAAACUAUUGUUCACAGUUUUGUAUGUAUAAUAUUUUUCAGCACAGUGAAAAUUGCCGUUUGAGGUAGAGUAACUUAUUAACUGCCACUGUACCGGUAUUCAAGCAGGGCACAAAUGAAUUUCUAAGCGAAUAAUUAGCUAAGUGCAUUUCAAUUAAACUCUAACUCAAUAGGGUAGGGGUUUAAAAUUUAGAAUAACAGAAUUAUAAAUUUGAGAAGCCAGGCAUACCUACAAGAUCAGGCUUAACGUACCGGUACUGAAGCACAACACUGCACGAGUCUGAUGUUAUACAGGUGCGAAUGCAAGAACUGAGUUGCAUAAAAAGUAAAUAUAUGAAAACACUCAAAGGAUUUUGAUGUAGGUCAUACAACACCCCUGUAGACACCCUAUGGCAUUUUAUUUUUCAUCAAUCAAAAGUUUAGAUUUGUUUAGAGAUCAACUGCAAUUUGAUAACUGAGCCACAGUCAAUCAAGAGAGGAAAGUCUAAGUGCUGAUAGCCAGAUACAAACAAAACCUUAUGUUAAUUAAGUCUUACUCCAUCUAUAUACUCCGUCCCAAUCUAGGUGACCGGGAUAAAUUGUCUGCUUCCACCUUGGAUCUGUGUUAAUUUGACUGAAUAGAGUUGUAAGCACUGUUAUAAUACAGUAGUAAGUCGAUCUGAUUACGGUACUUUUUUUUAAUAUCUAGGGUUAGGAUCCAAAUCAUGGAAAAUAUUUUAAUAUAGGUUUACUGACUUAAGAACAGACUGUUAAAAUUAAUUCAGAUAUCUGAUAAAAAAAUUCUCGAAGUUAUUCAAAUGUAAAAAUACAUGAAAUUUUCCAAGAACCUAAUUUUGAAAUAAUGAAAAAAUCACAAUACUGCAAUAUGAAGUUGCAGCCAAAUAAAAGAGAGAAGGCAACUUUACUAUCCUUAUGUACUUUCUGGUGGCUGAAUUCCUUUUUUGUAAAAGGAGCGAAGCAAUCUCUCUCAGAAAAAGAUAUGUUGCAACUAUCUGAAGAAGAUACUUCCGAAGCAGUUUCUCAAAAAUUAGAAGAAAAUUGGGCACUUGAAGUCUGUAUAGCAAAAAAUGGUGGAAAACCAAGUCUUGGUCGUGCCAUUAUUAAAACAUAUGGUUUCUUUUCUUUCAAGCUUGGAUUGGUGUAUCUGCUUGAAGAAUCACUAGUAAUAAUUCAUCCUAUUUUGGUUGCAAGACUUGUCUCAUAUUUUGAAAACAUGGAUUCUAUGCCAGUAUGGGACGCAUACAUGACAGCAACUUUCAUCAGUGUUAUUUCAUUCUUUUUCGCAAUCUUCCAUCAUAUUUUUUUUUACAAUGUUCAGCGGUUGGGUUGGCAUCUCAGAGCUGCUGCAUGUGCACUCAUGUAUAAAAAGACAUUACGAUUGAGUCAAAAAGCACUAAGUGAGACAACCACUGGGCAAAUCGUGAAUCUUGGUGCAACAGAUGUCUUAAGAUUUGAUUCUCUGCCCCUGUUUAUUCAUUACAUCUGGGUGGGACCAGUAGAAUUGGUCAUUUGUGCCUAUAUAUUAUGGGGUGUAGUUGGACCAGCUGUGUUUUCAGGCUUUGCCAUUUUAUUUUUAACAAUGAUUUUCCAGAGUUUAAAUGGGAAAGUCUUUGGAAGCUUAAGAAUGAAAACUGCAGUUAUCACGGACGAACGUAUUCGACUUAUGAAUGAAAUCAUUACUGGAAUGCGGGUAAUUAAAAUGUAUACAUGGGAAAAACCAUUUGCAAAAGCAGUUGCAGCUAUUCGCAAAAGUGAGGUACGAAAGGUGAUGUGGACUGCACUGCUUCGUUCCUUCAACUUGUCAAUGUAUUUAUGUACUCCAAAACUAAUAGCAUGUGUUACAUUUCUUGUUUAUAUUGGGAAUGGCGGGGAACUCACAGCAUCUCAAGUGUUUACUGUGAUUGGAAUUUAUAAUGUUAUUCGAGUGUCUAUGGGAUUAUUUUUUCCAUUAGCGAUAGAAAAUAUCGCAGAAUCUAGGAUAUCAGUCAGAAGAAUCGAAAAAUUUCUACUAUUGGACGAAACAGAAAAUCUAAAUCAAGUCAUAGAAUCUAGUGAUAGUGAAUACAGAAAUAAUCUACUUGAUGAUAAGAUGGCUGCCUAUGGAAGUUUUGUAGAAAUUAUAAAUUUUUAUGGUAGCUGGGAUGAUAAUGGAAAAGUGGAUGAAAACACAAUUUUGACAUUGAAAAAUAUUAAUAUAAGAGUUUCAUCUGGCCAGUUACUGGCAGUCAUUGGUCCUGUUGGUUCAGGAAAAUCAUCUUUUCUGAGUGCGAUUUUGGGAGAAUUGCCUGCAUCUGCGGGAGAAAUUAAAAUUCAAGGUGAUAUAGCAUAUGCAAACCAAGUGCCCUGGGUAUUUGCUGGAUCAGUCCAAGAAAACAUUUUAUUUGGAGAAGAAUAUGAUGCAGAUUGGUACGAUAGAGUAAUACAUGCAUGUGGUCUGGAGAGAGAUCUUGAAUUAUUACCAAAUGGAGAUUUGACAAUGGUGGGGGAGCGUGGUGUUACAUUGAGUGGAGGCCAAAAGGCGCGAGUUAACUUAGCUCGCGCUGCAUAUCGUAAAAAUGCAAAUAUUUAUCUGCUUGAUGAUCCAUUGAGUGCUGUAGAUGCAGUUGUUGGAAAUCAUUUGUUUCAACAUUGUAUAUCUGGGAUUAUGAAAGAUAAAGUUUGUAUUCUCGUAACACAUCAGAUUCAGUUGCUACAAGAUGCUGAUAUUAUUAUUAUCUUAAAAGAAGGAGAGAUCGUGAGCCAUGGCACGUAUGAUGAACUCCAGGCUGAUGGAACAGAUUUUGCUGCUUUGCUUGAAGAGAAAGAUGAGGUCCAACCUAGUUUGGUAGAGACUCAAUUUUCAGAAAUUGAGGAUGAAAACUCAGUUUUAAUUAAACAGAGACUAGAUCCAAAAAUGACAGCUUCAACUAUUUCAUUGAAGUCUGUAUUGUCACAAGAAAUGUUGGGUUUAUUAGGUGAGGAUCCUGUAAAUUCGGUCACAACAAACCCAGAAAAUAAAAACGAUGGAGAAGCAGCGGAAGAAAUGCGUGUUCAAGGAAGUGUUGGUCGAAGUGUUUAUCUUGAAUAUUUUCGAGUCGGAGCAAGCAAGAUUUUUUGUUUCUUCUUUAUUAUAGUUAUUUUAUUGAGCCAUAUUUCAUUUAUUUUAUGUGACUGGUGGAUAUCAAUGUGGGCAACAAAGUAUGAAGAACACCAACAGCUUGGGAGUGACUUACAAUCCAAUGUAUCAAGUACUCUGAACUGGUCUACUACAAUAAUGGAGGAUGUUACUUUGGCAUCAACUUCUGAAAGUUCUGAUGUAUUUGACACAAACUUUUAUAUGAUGAUAUAUGCUUGUCUUACUGCAAUAACAUAUAUUUGCAUAUGGGUUCGUGCAAUAAUGCAUUUUUAUCUUUGUGUGUCAUCCGGGAAACAUAUGCAUAAAAAAAUGUUCUAUGCUAUCUUGAGAUCACCGAUCAGAUUUUUUGAUACAAAUCCUUCAGGACGAGUGCUGAACAGAUUUUCCAAAGACAUGGGUCAAAUCGAUGAUAUUUUGCCACUGACAUUUUAUGACUUUUUGUAUGUAUGUGGUUUUAUCACAAGUAUCCUGAUUCUUACAAUUGUUAUCAAUUAUAUGGUGGCUGUUAUAACACUGCCAUUGGUUGUUGUUUUUUUCUGGUUAAGGCAGUAUUUUUUAAAAACUUCACGGGAUAUCAAAAGAUUGGAAGGAUCUACUCGAAGUCCGGUUUUCGAUCUCCUGUCUACUACAUUGCAAGGCCUUACUACAGUCCGAGCAUUUAGAGUCCAGGAUACAUUUGAAAAGAAGUUUCAUGAAAGACAAAACUUGCACAGCAGUGCAUGGUACUUGUUCUUAUGUGCGGGUCGCUGGCUUGGAGUUCGAUUGGAUGUUUUAAGUGCAUUUUUUGUAACAACUGUCACCUUUAUGUCUUUCAUAACAAUAUCAUUUAUUGAUGUUGAUCCUGGCCAAGUUGGUAUGUCUUUGACCUAUUCUAUAGCUUUGUUAGAAGUAUUUCAAUGGGGUGUAAGGCAGAGUACAGAAGUAGAAAAUUUGAUGACUUCGGUUGAAAGAGUUCAGCAAUACUACAGUAUUCCUUCAGAAGCUGCAGACGAAAAACCGGACAAGAAACCACCUGCUUCUUGGCCAAACCUCGGAAUCAUUACAUUCGAUCGAGUUUCGUUUGCGUAUUAUUCUGGUGGUCCAGAUGUGUUAAAGAAGGUCCGUUUCAAUGUCAAAUCACAAGAAAAAGUUGGCAUUGUUGGUCGAACAGGUGCUGGAAAAAGUUCUCUUAUUUCUGCUUUAUUUCGCCUGUCUGAAUUAACAUCCGGCGAGAUAUAUAUAGAUGGAAUUGCAAUUACACCUUUAGGAUUGAAUGAUUUGAGAAGAGCAUUGUCAAUUAUACCACAGGAUCCGAUUCUAUUCACUGGAACUAUGCGAAGAAAUCUUGAUCCAUUCACACAAUACAGUGAUGAGGAUUUAUGGGAUUCACUUGAACAAGUCCAGCUUAGAGAGGUAGUGGAAUCUCUUCCUCUGAAACUGGAUAGUGAACUUGCAGAAUCUGGUUCCAACUUUAGCGUUGGACAACGACAACUUGUUUGUCUCGCUCGAGCCAUUCUGAGAAAAAGCAAAAUCUUAGUUAUUGAUGAAGCGACUGCAAAUGUCGAUUUGAGAACUGAUCGUCUUAUCCAAGUCACAAUAAGGGAAAAGUUUAAAUAUUGCACAGUUUUAACUAUUGCUCACAGAAUUCAUACGAUCAUAGAUUCAGACAGAGUGAUGGUGUUGGAUGCAGGAAAAGUUAUAGAAUUUGACCAUCCUCAUACUUUGCUACAAAACCCUGAAACACUGUUUUCAAAGAUGGUUGAAACAACAGCCAAUGGUGCAGCAGUAUUGAAGAAGCUGGCAGAGGAAGCUUACAAAUCUCAAAAUCAACCAAAGCUUUCACUUCCCACUACUAUAAAAGAUAGUGAUAGGUCUUAUCUGUCAAGAUUUACUCCAUCACCAGAAACCUAUAAUGCAAUAGAGUUUGAAACUGGAGUAUAGUAUUAAACAUGUAUAGGAGAAUACAGGUGCAUUAGUGGUUACAGUCACUAUUUUUGCACAAAAUCAAAUAGGCUGGUAAUAGUUGAAGUGGCUCGAAAACUAUAGUUUGUUUGUACUCAAAAGAAGGUUUUUUAAUUAGCAAUCAUUCUUUGUUUCCCCAACCUGAUUGAACUUUUUAAUGAAAUUUGUAAGUUCCAACUUAUUUUUCUUUUCAUUCAUCUUGAAUUCUUUAAACAUCUUCUUGGUUGAUUUUCAGCAUUUUUGACAAGCGUUUAGAAAAUAUUAUACUACCUCAAAGAUUUAUUUUGAAAUAUCUUCGUACCAAUUGACCUAUAUGCACACCAAACUUUAGUUAACAGUUCAUUCCAUAGCCAAGUGAAAUGUUCAAACUUUGCUGAUA